GUCGUCCAGUCCCCGGCUCCGCGCCCGGCCCCCGCCCCGCAAGGCUUGUCUCCGUCCCGACCCGGGGCUGUGAGCGGCGGGACUCGGGGAGAGAGGGGCUGGGACAGACCUCAGAGGCUGAGCCCGAGAGGCUGGGACAAACGGGAGGAGGGAGGCCCGAGGGAGGAGGGAGGAGGGAGGAGGGCGGCGAGCUGGAGCCGGCAGGCGGCGGGAGCCCGGGCGAGCCGCGUCGGGAGUGCGGUCUCCAUGGCAGUGCUGGGCGCAGCCAGAGUGUGUCCUGGUGGCUGAGCCCCACCCCCACAACCCCUUGGGGCAUCCAGAAGACCCCUGAGUGGUCAAGAACCAAAGGAAGAAGAGAGCUGGAAGUCCUGGCAUGGGGACCAGGGCUCUGCAGCCUGCCUCCUAGUUGGGAAAGCAGUCAGCUCACCUCCCCCAUCAACUACAGGGAUACUUCUGGAAGGGCCCCACCCAACAUGGAGGCUGGGGCGCACCUCUGCUGACCCUCAGUCUCCUCCCCUGCGCCCCAUACCUGACCUUCGCUGGGUCAGUCAUGCAAUGCUGACCCUCAGGGUGGGCCUCACGGCAGCCUGCCCCACUCCAGAGCAAGGACUGUGGGCAUCAUGGGGGCGUGUGUGAGUGGGGCUCCUGGGUGAGACCCAGCCCCCACCCCCAGGAGUCCAAGGGGGGUGGGGGUGGGGGACCAAGGAAGGAUGGCGCGGGGCGGGGUGGGGGCAGAGGAGGCCUCCCUCCGCUCAAACGCGUUGUCCUGGCUGGCCUGUGGGCUCCUGGCACUGCUGGCCAAUGCCUGGAUCAUCCUCAGCAUCUCGGCCAAGCAGCAGAAGCACAAGCCGCUGGAGCUGCUGCUCUGCUUCCUGGCGGGCACGCAUAUCCUCAUGGCAGCCGUGCCCCUCACCACCUUCGCCGUGGUGCAGCUCCGGCGCCAGGCCUCCUCAGACUAUGACUGGAACGAGAGUAUCUGCAAGGUCUUCGUGUCCACCUACUACACCCUGGCCCUGGCCACCUGCUUCACUGUUGCCUCCCUCUCCUACCACCGCAUGUGGAUGGUGCGCUGGCCCGUCAACUACCGCCUCAGCAACGCCAAGAAGCAGGCGCUGCACGCCGUCAUGGGCAUCUGGAUGGUCAGCUUCAUCCUCUCCACACUGCCCUCCAUUGGCUGGCACAACAACGGGGAGCGCUACUACGCCCGCGGCUGCCAGUUCAUAGUCUCCAAGAUUGGCCUCGGCUUUGGCGUCUGCUUCAGCCUCCUGCUCCUUGGGGGCAUUGUCAUGGGGCUGGUCUGUGUAGCCAUCACCUUCUACCAGACGCUGUGGGCCCGGCCCCGGAGAGCUCGGCAGGCCCGGAGAGCAGGGGUGGGGGGUGGGGCCAAGGGGGGUGGGUCAGGGGGUUUGGGUACCCGGCCAGCCUUUGAAGUGCCGGCCAUCGUGGUGGAAGAUGCCCGAGGGAAGCGGCGGUCCUCGCUGGAUGGCUCCGAGUCAGCCAAGACAUCCCUGCAGGUCACCAACCUGGUCAGCGCCAUCGUCUUUCUCUAUGACUCACUCACAGGGGUGCCCAUCUUGGUGAGACUGGGGUCCUCCCCCCCCUCCUGCUCUCUCCAAUAUCCAGGCCCCAGCAUGAUCGCCCAGCCUCCAGCUCCAUCAGCCUCACACGCAGCUCCACCAUCCAGCUGCCUCUCCUCUACCCAGCCCACUGCAUUUGUGGUGAGCUUCUUCUCCCUGAAGUCGGACUCGGCGCCCCCGUGGAUGGUGCUGGCUGUGCUGUGGUGUUCCAUGGCACAGACGCUGCUGCUGCCGUCCUUUAUCUGGUCCUGCGAGCGCUACCGCGCCGACGUGCGCACAGUGUGGGAGCAGUGCGUGGCUAUCAUGUCCGAGGAGGAUGGCGACGACGAUGGGGGCUGUGAUGACUAUGCAGACGGCCGAGUGUGCAAAGUUCGCUUUGAUGCCAACGGGGCCACAGGACCAGGGGGCAGGGACCCCGCCCAAGUGAAGCUGCUGCCUGGAAGGCACAUGCUUUUUCCCCCUCUUGAGAGGGUCCAUUACUUACAGGUCCCUCUGGCCCGCCGUCUGUCCCAUGAUGAGACCAACAUCUUCGCUACUCCUCGGGCACCAGGCUCCUUCCUGCACAAGUGGUCAUCCUCUGAUGACAUCCGGGUCCUCCCAGCCCAGAGCCGGGCCCUAGGGGGCCCUCCUGAGUACCUGGGACAGAGACAAAGGCUGGAGGAUGAGGAGGAUGAGGAAGAGGCUGAAGGUGGGGGGCUGGCCAGCCUCCGCCAAUUCCUGGAGGGUGGGGUUCUGGGGUCAGGUGGGGGACCUCCAUGGGGUCCAGGCUUCUUCCGAGAGGAGAUCACCACCUUCAUUGACGAGACGCCUCUGCCUUCUCCGACUGCCUCGCCGGGGCCCUCUCCUCGCCGGCCCAGGCCCCUGGGCAUCUCACCCCGCCGACUCUCCCUUGGGUCCCCUGAGAGCAGAGCCAUUGGACUUCCUUUGGGCCUAAGUGCAGGGCGACGCUGCUCCCUGACAGGAGGUGAGGGGGGCGCACGAGCUUGGGGAGGAUCCUGGGGCCCAGGUAACCCCAUCUUCCCCCAGCUGACCCUUUGAGCCCAAGUGGGCCUGCUGGACUGAGAGGAGGUGGGGCUGGGUGGGUAACACCUCGUUCUAUACCUGAGCCUAAGGCGGCUGCCUCCAGACUCUAAGGAGAUGGGCUGGAUCGGGGGCCCUGGAACUCCUGCUGUCAUCCCGUCACCGGAUGCCCAGCUCACCUUCCGUCAUCCCUAGCAAAAUGUAUUAAAGUCUGAAGUGUUACCAUGAAAA